CUUAAUCAAAAUAACUGAAGCAAGAUGUUAGAGGCUAAGGAUAUUUGGCUGUCACUGGCCACCUUAACCUGCUGUGUCUUUAUAGUCAGUUCAGGUAACCUUGCUCUGCGUCAGCCGGCAGUAGCGAGCUCACUUCCCAAAAACUGCCAAAAGUGUUUCGCAUCACAAGCAGUUGACGGUAGUUCCUUAACUCACUACGUGCAAAACCCUGAGUCCUUUGAAUACUGCAUGCACUCGGCUUUGCAAGAAAAUCCCUGGUGGAGAGUAGAUCUCGGGAACAGUUAUAUUGUGGAUCAAAUUGAGAUACUCGGUAGAAGUGAUUGCUGCACCGAAGAACUUUCUGGAGCCAUUAUUAGAGUAGGAAACAGCCUGUUGGAGGACGGUACCAAAAACGCCAUAUGUGGGAUAAUUGGGGAAUUGAGUGCUCCUUUAAAGAAAGCCUUCAGUUGUCCUACCGGUAUGAGAGGAAGAUACGUUACAAUUCACCUGACGGGAGCAAAAAGAAGCCUUGGAAUUUGUGAAGUGAUUGUGAACAAAAACCCAACAGAAAAUAUCGCGCUUGGCCGAAUAACUGCGCAAUCAAGUACACAUUCAUUAGAUAGCUCGAAAGCAGUCGAUGGAAACAGCGAUGGAAGGUUUGAAGCAAUGACCUGCACACAUACUGUACCAUCAAAAAACCCUUGGUGGCGCGUUGAUUUUAAUACAAAAAGAGACGUUUCAGAAGUUUUCAUAGUGAACAGAGACGUGAUUCGUGAACGACUGUCAAACUUCGAGAUACGCAUAGGUAAUAGCCUUACGAAUAAAGGCAACGACAAUCCUCGGUGUGGUGAUACUUUAUACAGUAUGGCAACUUUACCCAAGGCAUCGUUCUACUGUAAGCCAAGGAAAAGUGGACGCUACUUGAAUAUUGGGAUAAUAAGUCAGCAUGCAGUUCUAACCUUAUGUGAAGUAGAGGUUUAUUCAGAAAGCAAAGCUUUGCUUAAAAACAAACCUCAAAAUCCAACGAGUGUGCAAGUUCUUGGUCUGCGUUCACCCUUCAGUCUUACCUGUCCCGAAGCAUUUGGUUAUCCAGUACCAUAUGUGGCAUGGGCACGAGAUGGAGUGGUAUUUCAAAACAGUACCACUACAUCUGUGUUUAGUGGCAGUGCACUGAGAGAUCGUGAAGCAGUGUGGGAAUGUAUAGCAUCUAAUGUCCAUGGAUUAGACUAUCAUCAGUUCAUAUUACAAGGAAGUUACAGAAUGUGCGCCAAACACCGAGACAUCCUAGUCACCGAAAACCUCCUUGAAGCAUCGAAUGACAACUCUAUUGAGUCUGUGUGGUUUCGUCUCCGAGAUGCUAAGACAAUGGUAUCCAUGAAGAUUCCAAACACCUGUGUAUCGCCAUGGCGAUGGUCCACUCAAGCCACAGGUUGGAUGCCCGAUGCCCAUCCUCAGUUUGACCACGGUGUGGUCCAGCGUACUGUAUGUUUUAGGGGGAAUGACAAUUGCUGUAUGUACAAUACCUCAAUUCUUGUCAGAAGAUGCCAUGGUUACUAUGUCUACAAACUACAAGGCUCACUCACAUCCAAAGUUAAAGCUGCUUUAUGCGCAGAAACGUCACAGGCCAAAGAUCCAGACUCAAUGUUCAGCAGUACAAAACCAAAUUACGCGUUACAAGAUCAUGUGAUUUACACAGACAAAGAAUUGGUGAUCCAUGAGUGUAUGGCAGUUUGUCUGUCUGAUAUUUUGUGCCAAUCCCUCAAUUAUAACACGGAUACGAAAACAUGUGAAAUAAACAACGCGACCAAAGCUAAUAAAAGGCCCCUAGAGUGGAAAGUGAGUCCAGGAAGCCAAUAUUAUGAGAAACUUGACCUAAUGAAUCCUAGCUAUGAUCCAUGAAAUAACUAUUUGGUGAAACAAAGAUCUGAUGAUAUGUGAUCCAACUGUGGAAUAUAAACACCAAGACUGAAAUUUAAAUCCAUGCUUGUACUAUAGACACAUACUGGAAUACCCUAAAAAGGAAUCUUAAUGGAUAAUACAACAGCAAUAGCAGCGAUACACGGGCAACCCAUAGCUUGGAAAUCAAUCCUCGUUACACUAACGUUAAACAUACUCUAACUGAAAUUUCAUAACUUAAUGAUCAAAUGCGCGAUGAAUUAGUUAGCUGAUAGUUGGUAUUAGUAGAUCAUUAGUAGAGGCCAGACACUGUGGAUGGUCACUGCCAGUGUUUUUUUUACUACUUUUUUGGUGUCUAUUUUACGUCCUUUCAAUGUAGAUUAAAUUAGUGUGAAGAGAUUGGACCGUCAUAUCACUUGGUCAUCAUCAUCCGAGCCACAUGAAAGUAUAGCAUUUGUAGAUAUUGUUAUGAAGGCAGUACUUUCUCGACCCUCUCUUCAGACCCUGAGUGUUCUACUACACGAAGCCCACAACCUUCAACACGAAAGUCAUGCUCGACCAACUGAGUCAACUGGGUGACGGUUUGAUUGCCUUAUUAUACAUGCACAGUUAUGAUCGGUUAUCUUGGUUUAUGUAAUUUUCUAAGGACUGUAAUUAUUUUAUCGGUCAUCGGUUAUCUUGGUUUAUAUAAUUUUUUAAGGACUGUAAUUAUUUUGCUUGAUAUUAAUAAUUUAUUGCAAUUUAUGCUUUGUUGAAUGCUAUAAAGUCAGGUUCUGAAAAUUGGUGUUCCUCAAGGAACUAUCCUGGGACCACUUUUAUUCUUAUUUACAUCAACCAGCAGCAAAAUAUUGACAAAAUCAAAUAAAACUAUACUUGUUAGUUAUCCACUUAUGAUUAUCAUCCAAUAAAUUCACUUUAAAUGUAACUAAAACACCGAGUUGACAUAAUAUUUAUUGGAUCUAGACAGAGACCUCUUGAAUAGAUACUCAAAAUACCACUGAUUGAAUUUGCUGGUCAGUGAUAAUGAGUCGUACGUACGUUUCUGAACACUGUUUGUUAUAGUCAGUGCAAAUUAGUAUUGUUGAUACAAAAUGCAAGUCAGCUUAGAAGAAACCCAAACAAAAACAUUUCAAAAAACAAAUUCAAGAAAAAAACUGUCAAAAUUCUGAAAAGUCACGUAGAAAUAGUCCAAUAUAUUACCAGAAAAAAAGUUCCUAGACAUCGUCUUCCUAAAAAUUAAUUAAAGGGAUUUUGGCAAUGGAAUUUGACAAUCAUUAUGUUUUAUAAAAGGAAAUUUCACCCAGUGCAUCAAGCGAAAGAUUGAUAAAAUAGUUUUUCGUGUCCCGCGGGUUAGAUUAUACUCCACCUAAAAUAGAUGCAUUCAAGAAAGGGCUCUGCUCAUCAAGAGGUAGGACCCAUUUUACAUUGUCCCCUAAGUUUUAAAGUUUGUUUGGCUUGAAAUCAUGCCUCGUUAAACUUCAACGUCAAGCAGGACGUGGUCAUGUUAUGUCGAGUGAAAGUGACAGUCGGUAGAUAAGUCAAGACAAUGGUUGUUGAUGAUGCAGUCGAGCAACAAAUGCUCAUUACGCAGGAUGAUAAAUGAAGAAACCACAAUUAUUAUCUUUAUAUUUCUUCAAACAUAGGGUUGGCAAUUUUAUUUGAGACCCGCAGGUUAGUGCUGCGCGAUAGGACACGGGUUUCCAUUCAAGGUACAUUGCACGAAUUUCUAACCCUAUUCCUGUUUGCAGGGUAAUUUCAUAAUCAACCUCAAGGAAUCUUUAAUAAAAGUUAGACAAGGAGGGUCGACACGGCCAGAGUUUCUUUACGACCUUAGCUUAGUUACGACAGUUAUUCAGGUACGUCCCUGCAAUGCAGAGUGAGGUAGUGUGGAGAGACGGGAACGCUAUUCAUCCGAGACACGCGAAGGCCUAACCAUUUGCAGAUGUUUUUACAAAAGCAGCAACUCCUUCUCAGUUAUUUAUAAAGACCCUCGGCCUGAGUGUUGAUGCCACCCUACCUCGAACCGCGACCUCUUGCACAUGAAAGUUUGAUGCUUAAACAACUGAGCCAACCGGGUGGCGGUCAACGUUUAAAGAGGUGUAAGUGAGAAGAGUAGAGGGCAAAGGAAAAUAAAACGCCUUUCUUGACGUUGAAAUGAUAACAAAAAGUACCAUUUCUUGUGCUUUGCAAAGAUAAAAUGUUUUAAUUUAAAA